AUGGAAGAUGAUAGUGAUGUAUGGGGAAAAGACGAGUAUUGCAAUGCUUGCCGAGUAAAGUGUGUUGACGAAUAUGAUAAGCAGGAACAUCGAAAAACUGAAACCCAUCUCAAAAAAUGGAACUUGCACAAGUUCUUUUCAAGCUCUAUUAUUCAUGGGACAGUCGCGAUUUCUGAAAUGCUUGAAAGAUACAAACUGAAGAAGAUGCAUGUUGUUGGUCUUCAUCAGUGUCAGGAAAUUCAACAAAUCGGACUUCCUGAUCACGAGAAGGCGAAUUUCUGGACUUGCAAUAUAUGUUACGAGGCAGGAGCGACAUUUGAAUCUGCGGACGCUCAUCUGAAUUCGAUGGUACACAUCAGGAACUAUAUGGAAGAAUGUGAAUACGACAACGAGAAGAUCGAAGCGGAAUUUGCAAACGAUGAGUGUGGAAAAUACGAGAAAUACCGCUCAGUUGCUGAGGAGAUUUUCCAACAAGAGGAUGGAAUCAAUGGACUCCAACCUCCAAGUAUUCUUCGAAUGCCAUUGAGCAAAGAAGAUGGAAAGAAACAGUUGGGAAUAAAAGAUACAUCUGAAAUCACUUUCCAACCAUAUCCUGGAGAGCCAGAUCGAACCUUUAUGUACUGUAGUACUUGUAACGAAAUCAUUCCUGUCCACAUAGUUGGUAAAUAUACGAAAGAUCGUGCUCAAGCCAAUCAUUUCGAACACCCAAGUCAUCAACGCUGUGCCACUAUUUGCUCUAUCAUAAACGAAUUUGAUCCAGAAGAAAUUUUUGAAGAGUACAAAUCGCGAGAAGACAUUGGAGAUAUCCACUGGAUUGAACGAAGCCCAGGCCAGUGGUAUUUGAGCCAACCAUGUGGGUAUCGUUAUUGCGUCCGUGCUAGAAAUGAGACGAUGUGCACUGUCUGCUAUGCUCUUGUCGAUUCGGAUAAAAUUUCGGAUCAUUUCAGCUCAGAAUACCAUGCUUUCAAAUACUUGAAAAAAAAACAACUAUCAUUCUCAUUUACUAAUUUUCAGAACAUGCUCGAUCCUUAUAAGUCAUACAUAGCACAUCAGCUCUCUGGACGGGAUCGUCGCGAAAAAGCUCGGAAAAAGUUUAUAGCAGAAAUCUCGUUAGAACAGGACAAUAAGAAAAAACUACAUAAACUGACUCGCUUUCCGGCUACUCUCAAAAACAUGCUGGAAGGAGACGUUCAUGUUCACUCAGAUCCGCCAGUUGAAGUCAUAGACGACUACAAAGACAACCUUCCUGGAACAGUUUUCCGAUUCUGUCAAGUGUGUAGAACGUACAUUGAGUUUAGAGCAAAGUUUGUGGACACUGAGGACAAGAUGAAUGCGAUUUGGACACAACAUGUGCUUAGUCCUAUUCAUUUUCAAUCAGCUGCAAUGAGUUACCGUAUCUCUUUUGAUCCGAGCUAUUUCGUACCAUACUCGUCGACUAUUUUUAACAUCGAUACCGAAGUUAAAGGAGUUUGGAAAGUGAAUAAGGAUGUUCUUAUUCAAACUCAAUGUGAUGUUGGUCUUGAAUAUAUGAUUGAGGACGAAAAGUCAAACGAAGUAGCAUGUCAAUGUUGUCAGAAAGUCUUCUCGAAGAACCCUGUUUUUGUUAAUCAACAUAUUCGAUCAUACGAUCAUCUUAAGCAGUACAUCAUGCUGGUGUUUCAGUUUCUCACCGCUCCUGACCUAGUGAGAACUCUUCUUGGUCCGGAAACAGACGAGAAUAAACGAAAGUUUUUGAUGGAUUUUCUUCAGAGAAGCUCGGGAAUCUUUCAGAAACGAAUGACACUUUAUUCCAAGUUGAAAACUCUCGAAUUAUCUGCAUGGCCUUCCGUUUCUCAAAGGCUUGUCCAAAGUUCGCUGUUCGCCGACGAAUCAGGAAAAGACAUUUAUGAAACAGUGCUAAAACUAGUGGAUGAAAUCUCUUGUGAUGGCGGAAAUGAUGCUCAAAUAACUGCAAGAGAAGCAUUGAUAGCAUCAAGAAUGGUUAUUAUCAAUACCCAUAGAGGAUCUGACAACGAACUUGCAUCUGUUGUCUGUAGAUGUGACAAUUGCCAACUUCUUGUUAUUGCUGAUGCAUCCACGUGGCAGAAGGACAUCUUUACUUCUCAUUUAUGUUCUGAAGAACAUCAUAAAAGAUCUGAAGUCUGCAAAACGAAUGUGAUAUCUGCAUUUGGAAUUCUCGAGGAAAAGUCGUCAUAUACAGUGAAGCCACUCGUUCAAAACACUUCUACCAAAAAAAUUAUUUGGCAGUGGAAUGCAGAGGCGAAAAAACAUGAAUAUGUUCAUGGCAUAGUUGGCCUCGAUGAUAUAAUUGAACGUCGUUUUCCGGCGACAGACCGAAUUACGGGAAUCUCGAAAAAACAAGCCGAUUUCUAUUGUACCGUUUGUGCGGAAAUUUUCCCUAAGCGAGCAUCGUCGUUGGAGUCGCACGUUAAAGAGAUGAGCCACUGUGUGAAUUGGAUUCAUAAACAUCGUCCCACUCAUAUCCGUGAUCUGAUGAAGCACAUGUCGAAUCAGACAGCUGAUAAAGGAAAAGAAUAUCGAAAGUACUUGUCAGGAUUGUUAAAAGAAGUUCAGCCACCAGAAGCUUACUGUAUUUUGGUAUAUGAUCCGUUUGAUGUUGAAGAAAAGAGACAAACCGAAAUUAUGCUAAAGAUUCAGGCGGAAGAGAAAGCCAAAAAAGAUGCGGAAAAAAUGGCUGCAGUCGAGCAGAGAAAGUUAGAAAAGGCGGAACGAGCAGCGGAGCGGAAAAGAAAAGAACAAGAAGAAUGGGAUCGAAAUUUUGAAGAAGAGAAUCGUCGACGACAGUUGGAAAGAGACAGAGAACGGGAAAGAGAAAUGCAACGAGAAAAUCUUCGAAAUCAUGCUCUUGCGAAUGUUCAUAAGUAUGAGAAGGAUUCUGAUUUGCAGAACCGGUUGAAGUUUAAUUCUAUAAUAGCAAAUCAGGUUAGCAAUAAUUUCACUGUUUUGAAAAACGCCGAAAGACGAGAAAUCGAUGUUCAAAAAGCGAAACUCGAAGCUGAGAAGCUGCGUCUACUUUCGCAUAAUCCUAACAUGGCAUCAUCAGCGGCUAUGAAUCCGAAGCUUGUUAUCAUGCCGCAGCUAACGUCACAACCACCAGCUGCAUCUCAUAAUCCGUAUGUGGUUCCUGUCAGUGCUCCCGCAGUACCUCCAGGGAUAAACACUUCAUAUGAUGUGUUCAAUUCGGUUAAACAGCCACCACCAGCCCAGUUCUUUGGUCCACCUCCAUCACUGUCGUUCCCCCAGAAUCAGCCAACACCAUCAGCAUUUCCUGUGCAGUUUCGACCAAUUCCUCAAGCUCAACCUGAAAUUCCUGCUUAUAGAAAAAGACCGUCGAUCAGAGGAAAACUCGUGGAUCCAGUAAUUCAUGACAGAUUAAGAAUUCGACAUAAAGGAGAUCUGCUCAAACACAUGCGUAGUAUGGGAGCUGGCGAAAUCUUGGAUCCUGCCGAAAUUCCGCGCGAGAUGAGUCGAAAUGCUGAAGACAAUUCAGAUGCGUACGGGAUUACUUCCAUAGCUGAGAUUGUUUGCCUAGAUGAUCCAUCGCUUGAUUCGUAUAUGUGUACAAUCUGUGAUCAUUGGGCAGCUCCAGAGGGAAUGAUUCAUCAUCUAUGUUCCCAAGAUCACAAAAGUACUUAUAUGUACCAUAAUUGCAAGAAUCACUACCAGGAAAUCAUGAAAGAAAAAGACGUACCGAUUCGAAAGAGCAUUUUCAAAAAUUUCGUCAAAGACUUGAAGACGAAAGAAGCUGGAAAGUUGAUCAAACUUCGUAUGAAGACAAUAAUCGACAAAGCGACAAUUGAACGUCUUUGGCCUGGAUACGAGGAAUAUUUCUACGGGAAAUCAACGACGGAAUCAUGGUCGAGUAGUGGAUUCAAAACAGUCGUUGGGCCCACAAUCGUUUUGCCAGAAGUGAUCAAUGUUCCUGUUUUAAUUGGCCCGGACGACAUGAAAGUAGAACGAGAGGGAAGUUCGAGAAAGCAACAUGAAAACCACCGUGACAAUAGAAGACGAGAAAGAAGUAGAAGUCGCGAUCGCGAUCGUUCGAGACGAUCACGAAGCCGAAGCAAAAGCCGUGAUAGAAGGCGCCGAAGCCGUGAUAGGAGAAGCUCUCGAUCGAGAAGUCGUUCUCGUGACAGGCACUAUAGAGACCGACGUGACCGUCGAUCUCGAAGCAGAAGUCGUUCCAGAGAUCCUUCUAGAAGUCGUUCGGACAGUGGUAGUAACCAUGGACGUAAGCAGUCUGGAUGGGAACAGCAAACAGAUUCUUUCUUGGCGAGUCUCGGAAACGGAAAGAGCAAUACUGGUCUGACCAGCUCUCAGAAACACAUCAGCACGGCAGCAGAUUUCAACGCCAAACUUGCGACAGUACGAGAUUUGACUCAAUCAGGAGCCAUUCAAGGAACCCAAAUUGAUUCAUUCGUCACAGUUCCACCUCCCCAACCUGCCCCUGUUGCACCAACACAUUCUGCAGAAAGCCGAAAAAUCGAGGCUAAUAGAAAGCUGGAGCAAGCGAAUCGUCAACAAAAAGUAAUGGGCUUGUUGAUGGCUUUAGAAGGUCUGUUGCGACACGUCAGUGGGAAUGUGCCACGAGAGACCAUUCUUGCCGAGUAUGCUCGGUUCGGUUUGAACGAGGAAGAGGGCAACAAAGCUUUAGAAGAAUUCAUCAAAAAUACUGAAACUGGAAAAGUGAGUGAACAAUUUACUAUGGGAACGCAAGCACCAAAGAAACCCAUAACCGAAGUCAUUUCAUCAUUAGGUAUUGGAAUUAAUCCUACGCCAGUUCAGCAGUAUUCAUUUUUGCACCAACAUCAGCCCCCUCAACCUGUGCAACUUGUACAGCAACAGCCUCCACCCCAACAAUAUGGAAUUAGCUCUCAGACAUCCACAAGUUCUGCCUAUUCACAGGCAUUCGGAAGUCGAUCUGUACCACAGCCACAACAGGAACAAGACGUUCCAAGGCCAUUCUAUUCCAAUCCAUCUACUUCUAUGAACCAUGGAGGAGCUACUGAUGCAAGAAAUGAUGGUUUUUCGGAUGGGGACGCUUCGGAUGAAGACUAUUCGGAUGUAUACGCAGCGAUUGGGAAACAAGUUCGUCGGAAGCCAAUUUCGCCGAAACAAACUCCAGAGAAAAAACCUGAAGAUCCGAUAUUGCCAGGACAAAAAAUGGCUUUGGCAAGAACUAUACUGCCGAACGGAGCACGAGUUGGAGAUCCAGCACAAACCACUUCCAUCCCGAAAUCAGAGGAUCUUCCUGUCAUCAGUGCUUCUCCAUCUCAAUCAAGCACUAUGUCCACACCUAGUGCCACGAUUGCACCUAUCUCUGCUACAGCCACACUUGUCCCAAAUACAUCUCAAAGUGCACCGAUUCCUCAUAUCAGUCAACCUCCACUACCAUCGUCUCUUGGAAUACCUGCCCCUAUCGCUGUGACAAAGGCACUACCACAACAGCCUCCUCAGCAACAAUAUCUUCCACAACAGCAGAUGAUGUACCCGGGUGCUCAACAGCUACAACAAGGAUAUCCUCCGCAACAGCCUGGUUAUCAGCAAAAUGUAUACCAACAGCCAUAUCUCCAGCAGAUGUACCAGCACCCACAGCAAUCUCAAUAUGCUCAACAAUAUGGUAUCCAGCAGCCAGUAUAUCAGCAGCAGCCUCCACAGCAGCAAGUUUACCAGCAACAGUUUUAUCAGCCGGCCCAACAGCAGCAACAGUAUCUUCCGGUUCAACAGAUGCAACAACAACCACCACCACAGCAAUAUUAUCAACAACCACCGCCAGCUCAAAACGCCUCACAAUACGGUAUCGGUGGAACACCGCAGCAACACUUCUGGCCCGGACAGUAA